AUGCUAUCUCACCUGCGCUUCCAUCGACGGGGCCAGUCGAAUCCUACUUCGCCAAAUCCCGAACAACCCUCCGCUGCUGCUCCCUGGGAUCCCUCGCGUCCCCAGCAGUCUCCCUUCAUUCAAGAUGCCGCCCCAAGCCCAGAUACCCGGUCGCCCUCGGCCACGACGAAUUCCUCGCUGCCUCCUGUUCUACCCCCGAUCACUCGCGUCGCCUCGACUUCCUCCGGCUCCGAGUCGCCCCUCGACCUACCCACCAUCGACUCCAAGGCGAUCCAAGAGACGUACACCCAAAGGUCCGAACCCACGCCGCCUGUCCCGGUGCGCUCGCCAAACAAUUCCCAGUCCGGCUUUGUCGGUGGUGUCGCCUUGCGCAAGCAGCUGGACGAGCGACAACUGCAACAGCUCCAAAAGCUUCAGCAGCAGCAACGACAACACGAACAGCAGCUGCUGCAGCAGCAAAUGGCAGCCCAAUCGCCGGAUUCCGCCGGCACUACCGUCAUCGAUCAUGGCGGUCACGAAAGUCACUUCUCGAGAUCCAAGCCCGCACCGCCCCCGCCGAUAAAUACGGCCCCUCCGACGAGACCCCCACCUCAACCCACGAAGUCGUCAAAAUCCAGCUUCUUCGCGACGCCCACCGACCUGCAGAACCAGCACCUCAGCCCGACGACUCAAUCCCAGCCGCCUGCCCAGAACUAUGCGGCCACCGGACGAAGACCCGCCGGAACUAGACUGUCGAGCGAACCGACACACGUCCGCAUGUCGAGCCACGCCGGCGAUGCCCCCAAGGGCAGGAAAGGCCUGCCUUUUCUGAAAAAUCCCAUGUCCACCCUGCUCAUGCGCAGGAAAACGAGCCAGAAUGCGCCCGACUUGUCACCACUUCCCCUCGGCGGGAACAGGCUGGCAGAGCCCUCUUACGAUCCCCGUAUUAGAGGUACGCGCGUUCACGACUUCAGCGCCCCGCGAUCGAGACGAAGCGUGCCGGCGAGCGAUCAAUCGACUCCCCCGGUCGCUUCAGCAGUGAAGCCACAACCACCGAUAUACGAGGAGAAGUUGGACCUGGGAAAGACGUCGUCCAGAGAAAGCGCAGCACCAUCCUUCCAACACGGCAGAAAUGCCAGCAACGCGUCGGAUUCCGGUCGCUCGGGGUCUGUCAGUGCCUCGCAAACUGUCGCGGCAUCCAGCAGUGUCGCAUCCACCAAGGCGAGAAGCAGUCUGAAUCUCGAUUCCAAGCCUCUACCCGAUGUUCCGCCGAAAGACGUUACUGCCACUUCUUCGCGCUCUGCAUCGGUCGUCUCUAAGAAGCCGUCCAUCAGCGCCUCAAUCUUCUCCAAGACAAUGCCAUCCACGAGAACGAACCGAUCCAGACAUGUUUCCCUCUCUGCCCAAGAUACGCUCUCCUCCGUGCCUCGGCACAUGAAGAGUACAUCUUCCAGGUUCAGCUUCGACAUGGUUGGUGCAGCAAAACAGGAAAAGCUGCUUGAAGAACGCCAUCGUCAGCGCGAGCUGGAAAGGAAGACAUCCGAUCCUCCAAACCCGAAUCGCGAUUCCCGAUUUGACGAUUUCGACGACGAUUUCGACUACGACGCCAUGAUGGACGACGAUGGCAUGGAGGAGCCAAUUCCCAUGAGCAAUGACUUUGACGACGAUUACCCGUACGAGGAGGACUUCGACGCUGCUGGCACAGAUCCCCUCGGUCUCGACGGCGAGGAAGAUUUCGACGCUGGCGGUACCGACCCGCUAGGCCUCGACUCCGUUCCCGAAGUCGAGAUCGAAGCUGACGACGACGCCGAGCUCGACCCCGACAACGACCAGGAAAACUUUGCUGGUUUUGUCUUUCAGCGAUCGAACCCGGUAUCUGCGUUGACAAGCCCGCACAGCGCAGGUCUGGCCGCAACCCCAAGAGACGCCGAAGGCAGAGUGAUCGGCUUUGCCAUGUCCAGAGAUACACCAGACUUGAAGCCAUCUCUAACACCAGACUUGUAUCAUGAGCACGUCCCGGAGCCAGACACAACGGAAUCUAUGUCUGAACAUGCAACCGAGGGACUGGGUAUUGUUGACCAGGAGCAUCAGCACGAGCCGGAACUCGACUACGCGCAACAAGAUCAGUCACAGCAGGAGCAGGCACAUCUGCAAAACCAGCAGGAGUUGCCUGCUGGUAUGCCACCACCACCGCCGCUGCCACCCCCACUACCUAAGAAGGACGACCUCUACUUCGACAAUGGCCUCUUGGAUGAACUCGAUUUUGCUGGCGAGGGCGACGGUUCAACGUUUGACGAGUCAAUCUUUGAUCUGGACGACACCGAUAAGUACGGUCGCCCACUUCCGGGCGUGUUUGCAAAGUUCCAGGCUGCUCGUGCUGCAGCCAACGCUCCGACCGCCCAAGACACGACUGCUGAGGGGACGACCUCUCAGGACACCGCAGACAACGACACCUCUGGCCAAGAAGGUGCUCCUCGGAGUAGCAAGAGAGUGUCGGACAGCACAUCGCGACACUCUGCCCACUCCAACGUCUCGCAGUCGACUGCUCACACCUCGCUAAGCGUCGACAUGCCGGCUCCGUCGGCGGAAGAAUCCAAGAGACAAAGCGAUGUUCUGGGCCCGGACGAAGCAUCUUCGGCCAUGACCUCCAGCUUUUCGAACGCAGAGCAAGGCAAGAUGGAGGCUUAUCAGGCCGCUCUCGCUGCGGCUGCCUUUGAAGCUGCCGCCAAUGGCAAGUUCCGACGAGAUUCGUCACCCCCUCCGAGCGAGAUCCUGUCGCCCGGCGACGAAUCGUCCCAUAGCCUACCGCCGCAAGACGACUACGAAUUCGACGACUAUGAUGACAACGGCUUUCGCGACGACCUAGACGACAACGACUUUGAUUACGACGAUUUUAUCGCCGAAGCAAACGCCAGUGCUCUCGCUAACGAUCAGGACGGUUGGUAUGGCCAAGAGUUCGGGUUCUACUCAGCACCCAUCGAAGGAGGUCGUCACAGCAGAGAUAAUUCGACUGGAUCAGAGGAGAAGCCAUUCGAGUACGCCAACGGAGGGUUUUUCGGACCCUCUGGCGUCUCUAGAAGCAAGUCUGGCCGCAUGAUCUCGCGCGAGCCUAAUCUGACGCCUAUUACCGAACGAUCCGAGUACUCCAACCGUAACUCGAUCAUGAGUCUCGGGAUUCCGCAUGGCAUCGGGUCUGGCCCUUCAAGUCUACAGAGUCCAGGCCUUGCGCAGCUCGCGAUGAUGGCGGACGGCGACGAAAGCAUGAGUCUCACGGCACUUAUGAAGCUGCGUUCCAGGGCAUGGGGCGGCUCACAGGCCAGUCUAGUCUCGAGCCGCGAGGGGUCGCCCCGGUCAGAGAGGGCGGACGGCGCGAGCUCGCCAUGGGGUCCAGCUCCGAGCGCCAACAUCCUGGGCAUCCAAAACGGCCACGCGCGCAAGAACUCGGCGUUUUCAGUUAAGAGCCGCGACAUGGAUUCGGACGCGGGAAGCGCUUCCGGCUCGCCCACGCUAACCAUGUCGGUGCCUACCAUCGGAUCCCCGGCUCCUCUUCUGCCGCCUUUGAACCAGACCAGCCCGGCCGGCGUGGUGAGCUCGCCGCACUUCACCCACAGCUCUUCGUUCGAGCCGGUAAUGGAGUCCGACGAGGGGGGCGAGCUGUCGAUUUCCAACAGCAUUUCCCACUCGGGGUUAUGGAUGAAGAGCCCCGACAGCGCGGUUCACCCCAACCUCGUGCCACGGACCGACCCGACGCCGCAGCGGAGACCCGGCAUGGGGCACAAGCACAAGGGAUCCGCGGACAGCAUUUCUUACAUCAAGGAAGAAGACGAAGGCGAGACGAGAUGGGUGUUGGAGAGACGGUUCACCGCCGACAGCGGCGAAGUAGAGGUGCAGCGAGAGGUCGUUGGCAAGGGCCACAUUUAG